AUGCUCGCCUCCACGCCCGCGCCAGACCUCCGCGAUUGGGGCGCCUUGUCGACGGGAUCAAUUGUGAUUCCGGGCGUAUUUUUCUGGUAUCUUACUCGCACGUCGGCGACUCUUAGUCGCUUCUCCGUGCUAGGAGGCCUCUGUUUUGUGUCCGUGAGGACUAGAUCGAAACUAACAUUCGGGAACAUUUCAGUAAGAUAUCAGAAAAAUGCGCGUUCGUUCACAAUUCAUGUGUAUAUGAACGGUGCCGACGGGUUUGGCGAGCAGCGAAGCCGUCCAGGCGCAGCAACGCGACGGGGCGGGCCCAGCCGCGCGGAGAAGACCAUCCCACUCGCGGUCUUUUCGGGUUGCGUGUCGCUCGAGCCGGUCAGCUUCCCCACGUCGGUGCGGAGCAUCGGCGAGAAUGCCUUCCGCGGCUGCUCUUCUUUCGCUAACGUUGGAGGCCCCUGUCAGCCCGACAUGACCAACGACGCAAUCCGGUCGCUUGUUGAGGAGCUGCGGAGCGCGAGGAGCGGUAGCAGUGGCGACAGCGUGCAUGAGGCGAUGCGCAUGUCGAUUCUCACAUGGCUCAAGGAGGCGGAGAGUAGCUCGCAGGCGAGCGACGAGGUGGACGAGGCGGACACGUGCAUCGGGUACGAGUCAUCUACAACCACACGCGGCGCCUCCUCCUCCAUCGAACAGCCCCUCCCCGUCGCACCCAAGAUCUGGAUCAAGCCCGUGCGGUCGCGCUGGCUCAGCCUCCUUGAUCCGCGCAGCUACUUCUCGGGGGGAAACUUCUAUUCCGCCGCCCGGCUGCGGCACGUGGACGGCGCCUACGAGGUCGAGGGGUUCGGCGACGGCGUGGUCCGUGCGGCGAGGGUGCACAACCGGCGCCGCCUCGCGCUACAGCUCGAGUGCGAGCUGCCCGGAGGCGGCAUCCGCUUCUUCCGGGCGCGCUGCUUGACAGACGAUGUCUUUUAUGCGCUGAUCGGCUCGUGCGGCGCGUCGCUGGUACGCUUGUAG